GCGGAUUGGGGGGAGGGUGGAGGGUAUCCCUCAUAAACCUGGGUUACAGUGUCCUCCUGACUGAUUGAAAAGUCAGAUCCAAGACCGCGCCUACUUGUUUCAGACUGAGCACGUCGAGAGAAAGAUAACGGGACUAGCCGACAACCAAGAAGCCCCCUAACAGAAGCAGACAUCUAUACCCAUUACUCACAGCUGACAUUAACUGUUCUGUAAAUCUUCUUUAGUGAGCCCAUCAUGCCGGUGGUGUUGCGUUCCUCGCCUCUCCUGUGGGCCCGUGUGGCUGCCAUGGUUUUCGCCUGCGUAGCGUUCAGCGUGGCUCUUUAUGGAGCGAAUCUAACCCACGGCACGGGUGACUGGUGCGUGUUCUGCUGGAGUUUUAGUUUUGUUGGAACUCUUCUGAUAAUCCUAGUGGAAAUGUUUGGCCUGCAGACUCGCGCCCCCAUCUCAUGGAAGAACUUUCCGAUCACGUUCGCCUGCUACGCCUCCCUCCUCUGCCUCUCCGCCUCGAUCAUAUUCCCCCUGUACUUCCUGAAGGGCUACGCUGGCCGCAGCGAGAUGAUAAAUUGCCGCAUCGUUUCUACCGUAUUUUCUUGCCUCGCCACCAUCGCCUACUUAAGCGAGGUGAGUCUGAGCAAGGCUCGUCCAGGAGAAGUAGCGGGCUACAUGGCCACAGCACCAGGGCUGCUAAAGGUGUGUGAGACCUUCGUCGCCUGCAUCAUAUUCGUCUUCAUCAGUGAGCCCGUAUCGUAUAACCAGAAUGUAGCGACCAAUUGGUGCCUGGCCGUGUACUGCAUCUGCUUCAUCUUGUCGGCAGGCGUUAUUGUGAUGUGUGUAGGAGAGUGCACAGGUUGCCUGCCCUUCUCCUUCGCUCGCUUCCUGUCCAGUUACGCCCUCCUGGCUGUGGGCUUGUAUUUGUCUGCCACCAUCAUCUGGCCCAUUUAUAAGUUCGACAAUAAGCACGGAGGCCAGAGCCGCAGACCCAACAUCUGCGGCUCCAGCAUCGGCCUGUGUCCGUGGGACAAGCUGCUGGCCAUCUCAGUCCUCAGCGCUCUCAACUUCAUUCUUUAUCUGGCUGAUCUCAUUUACUCAGCCAGGCUAGUGUUUGUUAAUGUUUAAGGGCUUUAGUGGGAACUGAAAAGACAGAAUAGUGCAAGAGGAAGGCAAAACAAUAGAAGGCAGAAAGAGGGAAGUGGGUCGGGGGGUAGCGAUGUUGAAAUGGUAGGUCAUGAACUAUAUUGACUGUUAGCUAUAUUUUUGUCAUGCUUGUUUAGCAAUCAUGCGUACAAAAAGUUAGACUUUGAAAAGUUUACGCAAAAAUUUAAAAUGUAACAAACGGACAAAUUAACUGUGUAAAAAAAAAUAAACCAGUAAACAAUAAUAUUUAUACAUACACUACUGUUCAAAUGUUUUGGGUCGGUAAGAUUUUUUUAGGUUUUUGAAAGUAGUAGGGUGAAAACAGUAAUAUUGUGAAAUAUCAUUAAAAUGUUACAUAGCUAUUGCUAUUUUAAUAUAUUUUUAUUUUUCCAUGGUGAUUUUUCAGCUUCUAUUGGGCCUACUCCUUCAGAAACCAUAUAGCAAUUUGAUGGUCAAGAAACAUUAAUCUAUAUUCAAGUUGCCUAAUAUUUUUGUGUAAACUAUACAUUUUCAGAAUUUAUUCAUAUUUACUGUCACUUUUUAUCACCGUAAUUCAUCUUUGAGUAAUAAAAUUAUUAACUAUUAUUAUUAACUAUGAAGCUGACCCCAAACUUUUAAACAGUAGUAUAUAGAAGUAUAUAAUUGCUUUAAUUUGCUUGACAAAAAUGUUUUCUUUUUCUGUUGUUGUUAUAUGCAUAUUACUUUGUAUUGUUUUUGCUCAUUGUGCGUUGUGCUGCUUUGCAUGAAGGAUUCUUGUAAUAGCUACUAUAUAUUUGUGAGUAAGUAUGGGUGAAUGCCAAACUUUCAAUCAACACAGUAACACCCUUCGGUUCAUUCAGGAAGUCAGCAUUGUAUAAACUGUUGCACUUAAUAUGUGUGAUGUAAUACUUGAUACAUAACACUGCUGUUUGGUGCAUAUAGGUCAAACCAUUUAUAUGGUGGGCUGAAAAGUACAAAAUUAAAUCUUAAAAGAUAAUGUCUGUCACAUAAGACACAUUGGCGAUGAAGGGAUGAUAAAUGUAUAUUUGGACAUAUCAUGAAGCAUUGAAGACAUUGAAUAUAUUGUUAUUCUUAUAUACACAUUGUACUGGAUUUAUAUUUACAGGAUAUAAUUGCUGUAUGUGUACACGUGGAUUUGCCAAGUAUAUGCAAAUGCUAUAGAUGUUUUUCUUGUCAAAUUUCUAUAAAAAACGUUGCUGUUCUCUUCUACACCAGCAGUAUCAGUUACACAAACACCUCACGAUACGAAAGAAAACGAAAUGUUGUUUGCUGUGCUGUAAGUCUCUGGGAUCUGCAUGUGCCUGUCACAGACUGUCACGCAAUCCUCGAUGCUCAAGUGAGAAUGUUUUCAUUGUGUUAUCAAAGAGCGAGAGGGCAUUUGUGGCACUGUGUUUCUCUCUGUAAGUCCCUCUGUGCUAAAAGGAGAACAGCACACACCGCAGCGUUGUGUGAAUGUGUAAUCUAGCUCUGAAUAAAGCCAUGAAAAAGAAA